CCUACCCACAGGAUUAGUUCUUUCUUUCUGUUGGUGUACCUCUUCAACGUUUGAAUCUUUAUUGUUUUUUUUUUUUUUUUNUACGCAUAUUGCUUUUCAUAGGACAAAGGGAAGUGUUCUUUUAGUUUUAGGCUGGUAUUUUAUUCUCCUAGGGAAGUAAGAAAAAGGGCUUGCUGUCUUUUCAGUAAAAAUCCAAUCUUUUUGCAGAUAGUAAAAUGGAAGACCGCAAGGAGAAAAUUGCACCAUGGUUAUCUGUGCCACAAUUUGGCGACUGGGACCAAAAGGGAGAGCUGCCCGAUUACUCCAUGGAUUUUUCCAAAAUCCGAGAGAUGAGAAAACAGAACAAAAGGGACCCGUCUAGAGCGAGUCUUGGAAAUGAAGAGGAGCUCAUCAAAUCAAAAACAAGCAGCUCAAACACAGUUCAUAAUAAUGACCUUCAAGACCAUCGUCCAAAUGGUUCGCAAACGGCGAGGCGCGGCAUCUUUAGCUAUUUCAACUGCUUUUCAGCUCUUUCAACUGGUUUAAAAGCUUGAAUGUUUGAUUAAACAAAUUUUGAUACACUUUGUAUUUUCUAAAGUUUGAUGUAUGGACCGGUCUUCUUAUAUAUGGUUGAUGUUGCUGUUAACAUUCAGUGUGUUGAACAUGAUUUUACCUUGUAAGUUACUGCUAUUUCUUGCACAAUGUACAAAUCCAGUCAAGAACUGUUUUCUUUUUCUCUUAUUUUUAUUAGAUUGGUAAUUCCAAUGAGUAUUGUAUUAUUCCAACAAAAAAAGGAAAAAGAAAAAUUGGGAGGCAUUGUUGAAGCUAAGUUCUAUCAGAAAGGAAUAUUGGAGCAAAUUACUUAUUGCAUGGAUGUUAUUGAGUCUUUUUUAUGUCAGAUUGUCUUCAAGAAUCAACUUUAUGUUGCAGGGAGGCUUGAAAAUUUUGUGGUAUUGUGACAAGGAUGGAAAAAUGGUAAAUGAAACUAAUUGUUGUGUAGAGA